AUGGCUAACGUUCAAUUCCCCCCCGGUGACUUCUACAUUAAGUCUGCUACUUCCCCUUCUGGUGAAUCCAUUAAUGCACCCUCAAGUCAGAAUUUAGUUGUUGACGUUGAAAAGGGUGGUUUCUUUUCUUGGAGUAAAGAUGGUGCUAAAAUCGUUAUUACGCACCAAAAGAGUGAUACCGAACAUGACCAAUAUCAACUUUGGAAAUAUGAGGACGGUUUGAUUAUUAAUAAACAAACUUCUUUAUGCUUAGAGGCUGAAAACGGAAAACUCGGAAAUCGUCUCACCUUGCAUUCUAGAAAAAGUCCACAUCAAGCUAAUAAUCAACGUUGGAUUUUCACGAAAGAUGGUCACAUUGCUUUGCAAAGCAAUACAAAACACGUGAUUGAAGUAAAGAAAGGUGGAUCAACAGUUGUUCUUUCUGAUAGUCAAUCAAAAAAUUUUUCAAAGGGUCCUCCCGCUAAAUGGGUUCUGCUACCGCUUCAUAAGAAGAAACGUAGCGAUGGCUCAGCUAUUGGUGUCGUCAGAUUAGAAUUGGUAGGCGCAAAGAAUCUCAAAUCUGCCGACUCCUUCCUUGCAGGAGGAAAAUCGGAUCCAUAUGUUAAAGUAUUUCCUGAAGGCAGUAAAGAAAUUAUUGCUCAGACAAAAGUCAUCGAUGAUGAUUUAAAUCCUGUUUGGAAUGAAAUUCACUAUUUGCCUGUCAAAAACAUGGGUGAUAAAUUCAUUUUUGAAGUGAUGGAUUUCAACACAUUUACAAAGGAUAAAUCCCUCGGUAUUUGUCAGUUUGAAGUAACACGAGAAUUAGUGAAAGAAGUUUCGGACGAUGUUUUUGAAGGCACACCAAAUGGAAUCGAUAUCUGGGCAAAACUUUCUAUCAAAGGCCAACUUAAUUACAAAGCAAAAUUCUUCGCACUCACACCUCUUCCUGAUCCAUCACCAGAUUUCCUUGCCAAUCUCAAAGAAAAACCAUUUGAUCGUUCUACAUUAUUUGUACUAAUUACACUACAAGCACCAAAUGGAAGUUUUCCUCCUUCAAAUACAUUGGCCAACUUGUUUGGUUAUAGUAAUCAUGAUGAACUACUUGAAUUUUAUAAAAAAAAUUGUCGCGAAGAUCGUGUACUAAAAAUUAACCCAACAGUAUGGACUACCAGUAUGGUCUUAUGGUUCUUACGAUAUUUAUUAAAGGAAUUCCGAAACGAAUGGGCCGGAGUUGUUGAACGAGCUAAACAAUAUAUUAGCAAAGAAAUAAAUGGUGAUCUGGAAAUUGAAGAGAUUGUAUUUGCCACUGGAAGAAAGGCAGUCCGUGAAAGAUUUGAUAUCAAAAUUGUAGAUACUCCAGAUCCAUCGAAAAGAAAUAUAACAAGAACGAAUAUUACAGUCACACAUGUUAAACGUACUAUAAAAUACCAAAAUGCAAAUGGUUCAUACAAAGUCAAUGAUGAUCUCGCUAAAUCUCUAUCUUUCGACAAUGCCGAGCAACUUCGCACGGCUCUCAAUGCCUUUAUUCGCAAAAACGCAAAAUCCGCAGCAAUCACAAAAUUGGAUCAUCAAGUUUUGGUUACUAUCCUUGUACUUUAUUUCUAUCGUUAUGUUGCAAUCGAUCAUAAGAAAGAAUGGGUUCCGACAUAUGAGAAGUCAUAUAAAUGGUUAUGGGGUCAGUUUAAAGGUAAGGAAAAAGUUGAACAGGAGGCGUUUCAAAUAAUCAAAUCAUUUGUUAGAGACGCAUAUGAAGUUAAAGAAGGAGUUUACGAGUUGGACGCUACUUUUGAAGCGGAAAUGGAACCAACAAUCUCAAACAUCAAGUUCCCUAAUACAAGUAUUCGUGGAAUUGUUAAAAAACCCCUUGGUGUUGUAAGAAUCGAAAUUAUUAGUGCCAAAAAGUUAAAACAAGCAGAUUCCUGGUUUUCGGGUGGUACCUCAGAUCCGUAUGUUAAAAUCUCUAGCGUGUCCACUGGUUGGGAAUACGGUGAAACACGUGUCAUUUACAAUAACUUAAACCCCACCUGGAAUCAAGUUUUCUAUAUCACAAUUCUUGACAUUAAAGACAAGUUCAAACUCCAAGUCUUUGACUAUAAUGUUGUAUUAAAGCAUGUGCCUUUGGGGAAUUAUAUUCUUGAUUUAAGAGAUACUAUCAAAGUUCUUGCCAACGGAUCCCUUGAAGGAAAGAAAUUAGGAAAACAGGAAGUUGAUCUUACUCUGAAAGGAAGAAAAUAUGGAAUGUUAUCUUUUUCAGCCGAAUUUAAUUCAUUUUCCGAAGCUGAAGCUAGUUCUGUUAUUACCACCAAAACAAUCACUAUCCGCCAUUUAUAUCUCAUAACAUCUUAUCAACGUCAAGACGGUUGUUUUGAAUUAAAUGAUUCGACUGCGAAAUUAUUUAAUUUUUCUUCUAAGCAAGAAUUGAUAAAAGCAUUUUCCAAUUUUGUGGCAAAUGAUGAUGGAGUUCGUUCUUUGAACCACAAUGCUUGGAGUACUUGUCUCAUUAUUUCAUUCCUCAAAGCUUUAUUAUGGAAAUAUCAGUACGAAUGGAUUGCAAUUCACAGCAAGGGUGAAGCUUGGUUGAGUGAAAAUGUUCCUGACGUUAAUAUUGAAGAACGUCUUUACAGUUAUGUAACCCGAUUUAUCAUUCAACACUUUAAUAUUACUGAAUGGGAAAGUGAAAGUCAAAGAAUAAGUUUGGGAGUUGAUACCAAGAUAUCAAUUAUUGUUCGUUCUAAAGUUAAUAUACGUAUUGUGCGUCGGUUUAUUACUUAUCAAAAUGACUCUGGAUGCUUUGUACUCAGCGAUAAAUCAUCAGGGUCAUUCGGUUUCAGUUCAAUUGAAGAGGCCAAGAAACAUCUGGAAGCUCAUUUUUCUUCAUACUCUAAAGCUUCCAAGCUCGAAGUUCAUAUUUGGAAUACAGCCAUUUUUAUUUGGUAUUUCCGUCUCGUUUUGAUUGAUUUUAGAACCGAAUGGACUGAAGUGUACCAAAAGUCGGAAAGUUGGAUUAGCGAACAAGUUCCAGACGAACAAAUAAGAACAGAACUUAUGGAUGCUGCCAAAAUCUUUGUCAUAGAUAGGUUCCAAGUUGGACAGUCAUCAAUAGAUGAAGAUAAUUCACUCCAGCAUUCUCGAGAUAUUCCUGUUCAAGAACCUCUUGCCGCCGAAGAAGAAGAUGAUGAUAUCAUUUCUUCCGAAGAAGUUAUUGGUUCCAUUAAGUUUGAGAUUAAGUCUGCCAAGGAUCUCAAAAAAUCCGAUUCUUGGUUUACGUAUUCCUACCCAGAUCCUUACAUUCGAAUUCUCGAUUCCACUUCUAAAGAAAUUGACCGUACUAUUACCCUUAAUGGAACUAACAGUCCUACAUGGAACGAAUCUUUCCUUGUUCCAAUUCACCAUAUUGCUGAAAAAAUAACCUUCGAGAUUUAUGAUUAUAAUGUUUUCGUAUCCGACGCACUACUUGGUACUUACAUCUUCGAAUCAAGCUCUAUUAUAGAAAAGAAAGACGACGGUUCUUUGAUAAGCGAUAAAGUCUUUGACCAAUGGGUUCCACUUCAGAUUGGCAACAAACCUGUUAAAGGAAAUCUUCAUUUGUGUGCUAAAUUCUUCUCCUCCGUUCUCAAUGCAGAGGAGAGCUUUGUCUUUUCACGAGAGACCUUUACACUUCAUCAUCUCUAUAUCAUUUUCAGCUGGCGGCUUUCAAAUGGAGCUUUUACGUUUUCUGAGAAUCUUGCUCGAUUCCUUAAUUUAAAGAAUGAGCAAGAGUUGGUCGAAAAAUUCAAACAAUGUGUCGCUACUGAUCAGUAUCUUCUAAGGUGUGAUAUGGACGUAUGGUCAACUGCCAUUGUUAUCACUUACCUUAGGGUCAUAUGUUGGAAAUACUAUAAUGAAUGGAAAACUCAAAUCUCAAAGAGCGAAGAAUGGUUGAAUUUACAAAUAGAUGACACUGACGCUGAAGAUAGAUUAUACGAGACAUGCAAAAAAUUCAUUAUUGAUAUAUUCAAAGUCACUAGCUUUGAGGAUGGUCAAUUAAAAAUACUAACUCAAGAUAAAAAAAUAAUUGUUACUCGUAAAACCAUAACUGUCCGUUUCAUCCGACGCAUUGUUAGGUAUCAAGCAGAAGAUGGCAGCAUAGCUUUGAACGAAAACGUCGCCAACUUCUACGGGUUCCAAUCAGAGGAUGAAUUUAUUAACCAUCUCAAAAAAUAUUUCAAAACUGAGCGUGUUACGAAACUUCAUAUCAACGUUUGGGUUACUGCAUGUACAAUUUGGUAUCUUCGGUUGGUUGCUACUGAUCACAACAAUGAAUGGUCUCAAAACUAUGAAAAAUCAUUGGAAUGGUUGGUCAAACAAUGCAAAGAGGAUACUAAAUUAGAGAACGAGAUUUUUGAUUGCGCUAAAAAAUUUGUAGUAGAAAGAUACCAAGUUGACAAGGAAGCUGAAGAAGCUGACCGCAGAUUUAUAAAGGCCUUUGAAAACAAAGAGAUAGCAAGGAAAAACGAAAAAGACAACCAAAUUAGAUCAGAUAAAAAUGUACUUUACAAACAAAAAGUGAUUCGCUCAGAUAUUAUUUAUACAAGGAAAACAAUUACAAUCGAAAUCAUUAAAAAGUUGUUAUCUUAUCGCACAAAAGAUGGAUGCUUUCCUCUGAACGAUGAUGUUGCCAAUCUUCUUGGGUUUAAAUCCAAAGAGUCAUUAGAUAUGGCAUUAGAAGCCCACUUUAUCUCCGAGGCAACUUCCGGUUUGCACAAAGAUAUUUUAACGACUGAAAUCACAUUAUUUUUCUUACGAUUUGUUGCCGUGGAUUAUCGUGAGCAUUGGCUUACUGAAUUCGAAAAAUCAAAAGCGUGGUCAAAAUCGCAAAUAAAGGAUAAAACAGUGGAAUUUGAAAUGAUGGAUGCUGCGAGUUUAUUUGUAUUGCAAAAUUACGAUAUUGACGAAGAAGCUAAGGAAUUGGACUUUAAACAACUAGAAAAAACAGAUAAAUCCACUUAUGAAGAAUUAAGUUCUAAUUCGGGUGUUGUCUCAA